AUGGCCGGCAAGAAGGGAGCAGGCGAGAACAGCAAAAAGGCUGCCGGGAACGCCCGUAAGGCCGAUGCUGCUGCACAGAAGGCCGCUGCCGAGGACGCGAAGAAGUCGGCCGCUGAAGACGCUGACUGGGGAAAGGGCGCCAAGGGGACUGCAAAGAAAGAGGCGGAAGCCGCCAAGAAGGCAGAGGCAGCCAGGAAGAAGGCCGAGAAAGAUGCGCUGCUGAAGGAGGAGGAGGCCAGCACCCCCGGGCGGGCUGGACCGAAGAAUAACAAGACGGCCGUCAAGAAGACACGUGGACUCGAUCUGUCACAAUUGGAUGGUGACCAGAGCGGAGGCUCGCUCAACGCGCUUAACGCCACGGGUAUCGACAACGCCCUCGAUGCCCUCUCCCUCACCGGCUCCGACAACAACGCAAAAGUCGACCGACAUCCCGAGCGACGUUUCAAGGCGGCGUACGCGGCCUUUGAGGAGCGCCGACUCAAGGAGAUGGAGGACGACGGCUCGGGCCAGGGCCUGCGCCAGCAGCAGAAGAAGGACAAGAUUAGAAAGGAGUUUGAGAAGAGCCCGGAGAAUCCCUUCAACCAGGUGAACGCGAGGUUCGACACUACCAAGGAGGAGUUGGCAGAGAUCAAGGCGAAGGAGAAGGGCAAGAUCGAGGCCCGCCUCGGGAAAUAA